GACGGUCUAUUGAACCUUUGCGGCUGAGAGAACACUACCUCAUUUAGCAUGUUUGUGUUGCUACGCGACGCCUUAACCAGCACCAUGGCAACGGUCAAUGUGACCCAGAUGACCCUGGCUGUGGUGACAUUUGGCCUUGUGGUCCACUGGGUCGUGAAAAGGAACUCGGUCAAGCUACCACAUGGGCCCAGGCCACUACCUUUCUUUGGGAAUCUUUGGGAACUCAAUGGUAUAGGCCUGGCCGACAAAGCCACAGAGUGGAAGGACAAGUACGGGCCAGUGUUCACCAUGUACCUAGGUUCGAAACCCACCGUUGUUAUUAACAGUAUCGAAGCCAUGACAGAAGCCUUCACGACCAGGGGCGACGAUUUCGCCAACAGGCCUCACAGUGUCUCCCAGGAUGCUCUCACCGAUAACGGCAAAAACAUUGCUUUUGCUGACUUCUCCGAGAGCUUGAAGUUCAGGAGGAAGAAUGUUAUGCAGGCUGCCUUCACCGAUUCUCACAUAACCCAGACCCUAUCCGAUGUCUUCUUCGCCGGUAUCGAUACCACGAGACUCACUCUGGGCUGGAUAUUUCUUUACCUGGCCUUGAACCCGGACGUUCAGAAGAAAGUGCAAACAGAAAUCGAUGAUAUUGUUGGAGACGCUGUACCUGGCAGAGAACACAGGCCAGGACUUGUCUACACAGAGGCCGUCAUCCUGGAAAUCAUGAGACUUUUCCCUGUUGCACCUAUGGGUCUACCUCAUGAGACUGUCAGAGACACACAGGAGAGUUUCUGGCCAGACAGAGCAUCCUCUACAUAACCACAGGCCUCCUACAGAAGCUGGACUUUUCACUCGACCCCAAUACACCGGCUGACCUCACACCCCAGGUCGGAUUUGUAUUCAGGGCCUGCAAACCUUUCAAGGUCAUCGCUAAAAGCAGACGAUGAAGCGACAUACAGAAAAAAAA